AAGUAACUAGAAGGAAAGAUGGACUCUAUCUCUAUGGGCUGCAACAGGAGCCCCCUGUCCCUCACAGCAAUGUCCUCCCACCACCUUUAUCACUCUCAGACCUGUUUGCUGCACAAUGGAGUGAGGACCACCGCUGCAGAAUCAAGAACUUCCUGUCUGACGCCUACUCGACACCUGGUGGCUAUCCUGGGCUCAGGUGACUUCUCAAAGUGCCUGGUCAUUCGCCUGCUCCGCUGCGGCUUUAAGGUGGUGGUUGGCAGCCGCCGUCCCAAACUGGCAGCCAAUUCCUUUCCCCACGUGGUGGAUGUCACUCACUAUGAAGACGCUGUUGGGAAGGCUAAAAUCAUCUUCCUCGCAAUUCGCCGGGAGCACUACUCGGCUCUGUGGGACCUGAAGCAUCUUAUGGAAGGGAAGAUUCUUGUUGAUGUGAGUAACAACCGCAGAGCUAACCAGUAUCCAGAGUCCAACGCUGAGUAUCUGGCCUCGCUGCUACCAAACUCUGUUGUGGUCAAAGGCUUCAAUGUGAUCUCAUCCUGGGCCAUGCAGCAGAGCUGCCCUAAAGACGCCAGCACCCAGGUCUUCAUCUGCAGUGACUCUGUGGAGGCUCGACAUCUGAUCAUGGAAUUAGCCCACCAGAUGAACUUUCAACCUGUGGACAUGGGCUCUCUGUCAUCUUCUCGUGACAUUGAAAACAUCCCAAUACGGUUGUUCCCCGGUUGGAAGGGUCCCGUCUUCGCUGCCGUGGCCCUUUCCAUCUUCUUCUUUGCUUAUUCUUUUGUACGAGAUAUAAUCCACCCAUACGUAAAACACAAGCAGAAUGAGUUCUACAAGAUCCCCAUGGAGCUGGUAAAUCGGACCGUACCCAGUGUUGCGAUCACUCUCUUGGCCCUAGUGUACCUGGCAGGCCAGCUGGCAGCUGCCCACCAGCUCUACUGUGGUACCAAGUACAAGCAUUUCCCCCAGUGGUUGGAGGAAUGGCUGCAGAGCAGGAAACAGUUGGGUCUGAUUAGCUUUUUCUUGUCUGCUGUCCACGUUCUCUACAGCCUGUGUCUGCCCCUUCGAAAGUCUGAGAGAUACCUGCUGCUCAACGCUGCCUCCCAGCAGAUCCGACCUGACGUGGAAAGCUCGUGGAACGAAGAGGAAGUGUGGAGAGUGGAGAUGUACGUGUCCUUCGGCAUCAUGAGUUUUGGGCUCAUGUCUCUUCUGGCCGUUACCUCUAUUCCUUCUAUCAGCAGCACUCUCAACUGGAGGGAGUUCAGCUUCAUUCAGUCCACCCUGGGGUACAUCGCCCUCCUCAUAUCCACCCUCCAUGGCUUGCUGUUUGGCUGGAGGCGGGCCUUUGAGUUGGAGUCUUACCGCUUCUACCUGCCCCCCAGCUUUGUGGUGUCCCUGGCCCUGCCGGUCUGCGUCGUCCUGGGGAAGGUGUUGAUGUUGCUCCCCUGCGUGGCCUACAAGCUCCACCAAAUCCGAAAAGGACUGGACAGUAAUCUGCAGAGGUGCCAGCGCUUGGAGCCGGUGGGCUCAGCUACCAACGUUUCACCAGAGAGGGUCACCAUCAUGUGAUCAUCGGGCUCUGACUGUCCGAGGAUUACAUCCUGCUUGUCUGGGUUCAUGUAAAACAAC